AUGCAUGACUACCAUAUUCAAGGCUAUCGAUUAUUUGGAACUGCCCUAAUUGCUUCCAUUGUUCUUGUUUAUACUGCAAUUGUUGUUGCUCUGUCUUCUGGUAGAAGUGAAGAUGACAAUCGCGGAAGACGGGGAGGAAGGUCGUAUGAUUCGGGGUUCAAUUUUUACUUCAGCCCCACUGACCUCUUUUGGUACUGGGAUCCAUAUUACUAUAGGAGGCGACGACCACAAACAGAUGAUAAUAAGAUGAAAUUCGUUGAAUCUAUUUUCUCAUUUGUAUUUGGCGAUGGUGAUCCAAACCAAGGAAUCGAAGAAGAGAGAUGGAAGUUGGUAAUAAUCGAGCACUGAGUUCAGUGGUUCGUUGCUUUCAACAAU